AUGGGGAACAAUUUUUCAAAUCUCUGCAAUACAUGUAUGAAAUCUACCAAAGCACCAGAAAUUGUUCUAAUUGAUAACCCAGAAAAAGUAAAGCAGCCCAUGGAAUCAGCUCCUUUAAUUAUUAGAGGAUAUACAUAAAAUGGCGUAUGGCGACCGACCCUCUCAGUGGUGGUAACCUAUGUAUAUCCGGGCAUGGUUUUUGGAGCCAGGAGUUAGCCCAACAACGUCUGGGACCUCGAAGCGAGAGGCCUAAGCGCGAGAACCGCUGUUUUUGCCACCAGACCCAUGGGCAGUUACUCGUGACUUCUUUUUGCCAGCAGCGCUCAGCCCAGUGAGUGCCCGAAAUGAGGCAGGGCGACUUAGCUGCCUAAGCUGCUUUUGUGGCUCGCCCCGAAUGGCGAAAGCUGUUGAGUUCUUUCUCGGGAUGACCGGAAAAGAGGGGAGGCGAGUUUAGACGACAAAACGGGGGUCUCUCCAGUUUAAAAGGUGCCCUUCAAUGGGCAGAUCUGGCGGACGACGAAGCGGAGUUGGCGUAAACUUAGGCGACGAUCCAAGUUGGAAAUGGAGGUGGUCAGCAAAGCCGGUAUGAGACGGCCCUUGACAAUACCUCUACCGAGAAACCGGGGGUUUCGACCCGGGCUUGGUGAACGCUCUGCCACCACACGGGAAACCGUGGCAUGCGACCUCGGACGUAGUAGGGACCUUAAAUACUCAGCGUAAUCUUAAUCUUAAUCUUAAUUAUUAGAGGCUUCAAUACAACUGAUGUUCAAAGCAAACUAGAGGAUGCCAAGCAAGAAUUCCUUAAUCUCAUAAAUGAAGGAAUUGAAGGCGGAGACUGCGAAAUCGUUGUAGACAACCCAGACUGCAAAGUCUCUGGUAAAGAAACAUCAGACGGCUACCUAGUAAAAUACCAGUUUAAAAUGCCCUACGAGCCUGAAGCUCUCUUAUCAUUUCUCCAAAAGCUCGAAAAAAGACCUGUCUGGGACAAAAACGUUUUUUCGUCUGAAAGAAUCGCCCAGCUUGACCCUUCAACCUGCAUAAUCCGUACAAUUUAUAAGAAACAGUGGGCUAUUUCCUCCAGGGAAAAUCUCAUAGCAUGCAAAAAAGCCAAAAUUGGGGAAGCGAUCGCAGAUUUUAGCACCUCAGUAGAAUCUGAAGAACUCCCAGUGCAAAAUGACUAUGUAAGAGUCAAGUUAUUUGUGGGUGGGUACUAUUAUGAGCCUAUAGAAAAAGAUGAAAAUGGGAACAUCACGCUUGUGACGAGUAUUUCACAUCUCGAUAUUGGGAUGACUAACGUGAUGAAUAAGCUAGCAAGAAAGCUGACGUCAACUGGGGUGCCGAAAUUUGUGAAAACGCUGAUGGCAGAGCUGAAAAAGGAUCUAGAAGAAGCUAAAUAA